AUGAGCAACGGUUAUAAUCGCUCGCAUAAACUGGAUAACUUUCAGUUCACUGGUCUGGAUAAUGAUUCAGUGUUAGAGGAAGAUGAGACCGAUGAAGGGCAGCCGAUGAGCGCCGAUGAAGACACUGAGUCAACCGAACCGAACAUCAGCGGCUUAAUCAUCAAUGUUCAGUCACGCCGAGCAAAAUACAUCGAGCAGAACUCUUCAAAUCUAAUUGAAUCAGGGCCCACAGCAAACUUGAAUAUUAACGAGACAUCCCAAGCAACGGUGCUUGGGGGGUUCUACAUCGAGCAGAACUCUUCAAAUCUAAUUGAAUCAGGGCCCACAGCAAACUUGAAUAUUAACGAGACAUCCCAAGCGACGGUGCUUGGGGGGUUCAAUGACGAAAACCCGCCACAACCUACACGAAAAUUGCAUGUAAGGCUUGACCUGGUUACAUGCUCGGGUUUGAAGCUUCCUGACCACACUGACGAGGCCGUACGAGCAUAUAUGACUGCGUCAAUCGGAGGGACGGGGCCUAGUUCCAACCAUGUGAUUCGUCUUUGGGAGCCGUUUCCUCUUGACAUCGACAUGGAUAAGAAGCUCCAAGAAAGACACUGUUCAUUAGGCGACGUAGGCAUGUUCACCUCUGGAGGUGGCUUCGAAGUUAUGUUCAACAUAUUCCUAUCGCUGGAGGAGAAUAAUAUCAUGAAUUAUCAUCCUCCUUCAACAUUCAAACCCUUCCCUUUAAGGCGCCGUGUUGGUGACCGUGGGUUUAAGCUGCACGAUCAAACCAAGUACGCCACUUCAAACUUUCAAGCGACAUACUCCCAGGAAAAAGGAUUAAAAAGGCCCUCAAGCUACUUUAUCAACUCGACGAGCAAGCCGACGGCGCCCGGAGGUGCGAUUCUUAUACUACCGGAUGGGUGCACAAAACAUUCUCUACACAAGCAUCUGGAGACCGACAUCGCAAACUACAUGGAAGACCACGUUGCAUCGUGGUACAAAUUGGAGUUCAAGCCGUCUGAUAAGUGGCGUGGUCGACCAAACGGCUCGUUGAUGCUGAUAUUGUCAUGCUUUCGGUCGCACGUGUGGGCGGGGGCUUCAUUAUGCCCGAAGGAUUAUCUGGCCGACGGUUGCAAAGCGGUGUUGAGAGACCAAGUUGAACCUGAUUGGUACCUGUGGGAUAAGGAAAAAUCACCCAGCAUCAAGACAAACAACAACUCCUACAGCGAGGUAGGGGGCGUCGUCCGUUCAGUGGCAAUAGAGGUUGCCUCUAUUGUUUAUGGGUAUGAUAAUAACGGUGCAUUUGAAACUGGCAGCUACCAAAGCCCUUCGCGCCUUUCCUUUCGCAAAAAAAUGAGUCGCUCAAUCUCUUUUAAAUUAUCCCAACUUGGCCUUUCGAAGACUUCAUCCGUUGCAUGA